AUGAUCCGUACCGUACCGUUCACCACGCUCGCGAGCUCGACGUGUGCAACGACUCGGCCGUUCACGACUCGGAGCUGUACGCGUCCCGUUCAAGCUGCGCGAUCGGAUCCGAGUCCCCCACACGCCGUCGCAGCGCGAAGCAGGGCCCCACACGGCACGCACGAUGCAGACAACUACGCGAGCAAACUCGCCCGCGGGGAGGCCUACAUGAGGGACAACGGAUACGACAUGGCUUCGUUGGUUGAACAGCCGGUGGCAAGUCCCUCCAGGCUGGUGUCACAUCACCUACGGAUCAUGUGUCGACCUCAAUGAGCUUGCCACAUGAUGCCAGUCUUGUAAGACCGCUAGGCUCACGUACCUUCUCUCAUUCAUCAGGUCUGGGGCGACUGUGAUACAUUUCAGCACCUAAACAACGCUAUGUACAUCCGAUACUACGAGACGGGCCGCAUCCGGCUUAUGCAGACCUUACUGGCCGACCUCGGUCCGGGCGCCGAAGGACCGCUGCUCAAGGCCAAGCCGGGGGGUGUCGGCAACAUCCUCGGCAGCAUUUCCGCCCGUUUCCGCGUCAGUAUCCAGUCUCCAAGUCACUUCAUUUUGGACCAAAAUGGCAAAACUGAUCGUAACGUCUGCCUCCCUCGACUCGAACUCGCCACAGCGCCCUGUCAACUUCCCGGACACGCUCUUGGUUGGCCAUCGCGUCACCAAGAUUGAGAAGGAUCGGUAUUCACUCGACCAUGUCUGCUGGAGCUUCCAACAGACAACGGCGGCCAACCUCGGGGAAUGUGUCAUGGUCUGCUACGACUAUGGGAACCUCAAGGUAAGGUCAAGAUUGAAACCGUCGUUGGCAGAAGGAGAAACCGUUGACGAAGCCAACUCUCUCCGCCUCACAGAAAAUGGACAUGACAGAAGAGUUUGAAGCUGCCUUGA